UGCGGUGCCGCUAGAAUUGGCCCCAGGAGCGAGCCGAUACGUUGCCGGGGCUGCCCAAGCCGUUGCCGGCGCUGCCCGGGCGCGGCCGCGGAUUUUGCGCACGAAUGCUGGACGAGAUGGCCUUGUGCAGAGAUGAUUGUGCAGGCUGCCCCUCGACCUCCUAGGAUGACGCCGCCCAAAACACCGGACAGGGACCUGUGUCGCGGGCCGCCGACGCGCCGCGACGGGCCGCUCCGCACGGCCUCGCGCGACCUCGACGCUGCCGACGCGCGCUUCAUCCAAUUACUAUCAUGCUUGGACCGCGGCGCGACCGUCCUCCGCGCGGUUUUCAAGCCGCUCGGCAUCAUUCUAGUGAUCGCGGUCGCAAUCCAAGUGCCCUGCAUCCCGACGUCAAACAGCGGCGCGGACCUAGAACAAAAGUACGGCGCGCCCCACGCCCGGGGCUUCGUCGCGGACGUCUACGCCGUCAACCGCACGCACGUCGUCAAGCAGCUCCGCGGGCCCUGCGCGGCCGAGACGGCGCCGUGCGUCCGUGGCCGCGCCUCGCUGCUCCACUACGUGUGGUGGUGGUCGCACGCGCGCGAGCAGUGGCGGACCUACGAGCGGUUCGUCGCGUUACGUACCAUGAACGUGACCCAGGCGCCCGAGACUUUUGGGAUGGAUCAUGAACGGUGGCGCAUCCACCAGCGGCGCUACGUCGCGCCCGACUACGAGCCGGCCCGGAGCUGGCCCGAGGACGAGCUCGUCGCGCUGUCGGCGGCGCUCGAAAGGAGGGAUUGGUUCCUCGUCGAUCUUGCAAAACGGAACGCGCUGGUUCGCAGGCGCGACGGACGGCUCGUCGUGGUCGACGGCUCCCUGAUCACGGGGACGCAGCUGCGGCUCCGUUUGAUGUGCGCGCGCGUCCUCGACGCCGCGGCGGCGCUUUUUCGUUUGGCUUUCCGCGCGUCGGACCUG